UAGUAAGUGGACUGGAGCAGGGCCGUUUUGUCGGUGGUUGAUGGGGGAAACAACAACGAGCCAUUUGGCAUCAUGAGGCUCCGUGAAACACUGUUGUGGGCCGUCCUUUUUGUCCAAAAGGUGGUGGCAGAGUAUGGUAUGGCCCAUUUCAGUGAUAAGGUGAACAGCAAAGGGAAGGAUUACUGCAUAUUCUUCAACUCUCAGUGGGCACGUCUACCUCAGGACCUCAACAAGGCAUCACGCCUGCAGAUCUAUGACCUGACAACAUCAGUCCUGUGCUCGGCCUCUGAGGUCCCAGAGGGCGGCUUCCCAAAUCACAUCCCCAUGGUGAUGCGUGGCAACUGCACUUUUUACGAAAAGGUUCGCCUGGCCCAGAUUAACGGCGCCAAGGGCCUACUCAUCGUCAGCAAGGACAGACUGACACCACCAGCAGGAAACAAGUCUCAGUAUGAGGAGAUUGACAUUCCCGUAGCGUUGCUCAGCUACUCUGAUAUGCUGGACAUAGGGAAGACUUUUGGUAAAGGGAGACUUGUUGCCAUGUAUGCACCCAAUGAACCCGUGCUGGAUUACAAUAUGGUCAUCAUCUUCUUGAUGGCUGUGGGAACGGUCGCAGUUGGAGGCUACUGGGCAGGCAGCAGAGACACCAAGAAACGCUACAUGAAGCACAAGCGGGACGAUGGCGCAGAGAAGCAGGAUGAGGAGACGGUCGACGUCACCCCUAUCAUGAUCUGUGUGUUUGUGGUCAUGUGCUGCAGCAUGCUGGUGCUCCUCUACUUUUUCUACGACCACCUAGCCAUUUGGGUGAUUGCAAUCUUCUGCGUGGCCUCGUCUGUCGGCCUCUACAGCUGUCUGUGGCCUUUUGUCAGGAGAAUACCAUUCUGCAAGUGCAGGAUCCCAGAGAACAACCUGCCGUACUUACACAAGCGGCCGCAGGUCUGCACGUUGCUGCUGUCGGCUCUGUGCAUCAGCAUCAGCGUCACUUGGAUGGUGUUUCGCAAUGAAGACCAGUGGGCGUGGGUGCUGCAGGACGCCCUGGGCAUCGCCUUCUGUCUCUACAUGCUCAAAACAGUCAGACUGCCAACAUUUAAGGCUUGCUCUUUACUACUGUCAGUCCUUUUUGUCUAUGACGUGUUCUUUGUAUUUAUUACGCCCUUAUUUACAAAGAGUGGGGAAAGUAUAAUGGUGGAGGUCGCGGCUGGUCCCUCGGACUCCUCCACGCAUGAAAAGCUCCCCAUGGUGCUCAAGGUGCCACGGUUAAACUUCUCUCCACUGGCUCUCUGUGACCGGCCCUUCUCCCUCCUGGGCUUUGGUGAUAUCCUCGUACCAGGUCUGCUGGUGGUUUACUGUCACAGGUUUGACAUUUUAACACAAUCCUCCAGGAUCUACUUUGUGGCCUGUACAAUCGCUUACGGCAUCGGCCUGCUGAUCACCUUCGUAGCCCUCGCCGUGAUGCAGAUGGGUCAGCCGGCCUUGCUCUACCUGGUGCCUUGCACUCUGCUCACCAGCCUGGCCGUAGCACUGUGGCGCAGGGAGUUUCACCAGUUCUGGACUGGAAGUGGAUUUGUGCCUGCCAUAGCGCUCGCACCGAUCAACUGUACACAAACUGCGGUGCCACAGAGAGAAGGGCCGUCGAUGAAAGCGGAGCCACAAACUGAACCCAUCGCUCCGAGUGAAGAAGAAGACGAAGACCUGUGCCAGCGGCCGCCUCAGGGAAUGCCACCAGCUGAGAAACCCGGCGACAUGUGCAACUGACAGCGCUUUUCAUUUUCACUUCAUAGUUUUUUUUUGGUUAUUUUUUUAUUUUUUCCUACAUUUCGUCUUAGUCAACGGACAUUUUAAAGAUGGACGUUAAUUUGCACUUGUUGUGAAGGGACGAGCAGAGGAGAUCUGUGUUUUACUGCUUUGCAGUUGGACUGGACACUAAUUUGAGGCAUUAAACAAACCUGGCAAACACAACGGAGUAUAAAAAAAAAAACCCUCUGUUGUGACAUGUGCACAGUUUGUACCAAGUACAUUUACUACAUAAGUACAGUUGUGUUGUACUCGACUUUACAACUUUAAUGUUCCCAAUUUUAUUCAACUUAUUUCAGGGGCACAAAUCGUUAUUUGGACGACACUACAUUUAUUCAGCAGCUGUAGUUCAAUGGAGAAAUCACAGCUUAAAUGAAUCUGGCAAGUCUUUGCCACUAGGUUUGGAUGCACUGGAUUAAAAACAAAUAAAGUGAGAACUAGAACUGCAGUGAUUUAACUCAUUUACAGAAAUAACCAGCAACAUUUUUAUGAUUCAGUUUUGACCAGACCAAGGCAACCGCAACACUGCACUAGAAACGUGCAAACAGUCAAAAAGAAGAAAAGAAAUUCCACUGUUCAAAGCAGUUUUGACGGGAUAAAACACUACUUGUCUCCAUCCACUCCUGUGCUGCUGCUGCAUACACACAAACGUUCCCUCUCGUCAGGUCUGAUGGUGUGGUUUGGUGGAUUUUGCGUCAUACAAAUGUUACAUCUCUGUUCAUACACACACCAAACGGGCAGAAUGAAGUCACACAAAAGUUACGCACUGCAACUUAGAAAAUAAAGGUCCUUAUUCCUUAAUCUGUUUCAUAACGCGCAGCAUAAUCUCCUCCAGUGUCAGAAUAUUAAAUACAGCAGUGAUGACAAUGUGAUGCUAUCGUGGAUGUUUGACUGAGCCAAAGUUAUGAUGAUAUAUUUUUCAAACUGGAAUUGUGUUGAUAUUUUUGUCAUCUUUAUAUAGUUUUUUUCUUUUUUUGCAUGCUAUGAUUUUUGACUUGACAUUGUAAAGCAAGUGUAUAAUCUAUAAUACAGGAUUUUUAUGCCAUCACUUCUUGUAGUUAUUACUCAUGUCAUCUUAAUAGCGGAUGUCGGCCUUAUGGCGCCCCCGUGUGGAGAGAUUCGGUAGAAUGUGUUGUGUGUUUAAAGUGGCUUUAUGACAAACCUGAGUGCUGUAUUCAAAACGAUGAAGUGCUACAGUUUAACUGUGUUAACCGAGGAGUGAGUGACAUGUAACGUCGUGUUACCAGUGUUCAUAGAUUACUUUAAUUAAAUGAAGCAUUUGACAAUAUUUUUAGUAAAUUUGAGCGCUGGCAGAGUUGGAAUGUGUCUGUAUAUAAUGUAAAAAAAAAAAAACAAGGUCUCAGUACACUCACGUCACUCUUUACAUCUGUGUAGACAAAUGUUGGAUUCUUCUUUUUCAGAUCUGAGGGAGUACAAAGGUUAGUACACCUUGGUCAGUGUAGUUGUUUGGAUGUCACUGAUUCAAAAGCAGUGUUUUUUUCCCAGGACAUGAGAUUACCCGUUUACCGUUUAUAUUUUGUUGUCACACCAAUUGGUUUUUAAUGCCUCAGUUGAGGAAUACAUAUAAUAAACAAACAAACCUUGUAUUUGA